AUGAUGAACGCCGGGGAGGAAACGGGCCACGUGGGCCGUGAGGAGAUGGACUGCGGGUCCUCUUUCUCUUUGAUGGGGGUGCGAAGGGCGACUCGUCUCGUCGAGAAGCCGGACCGUCCCUAUCCAACGGUCCAGACGGAUGAGAGUUCCAGUCAACCGAUGAUGGCAGGCGGGGAUAAUCUGAUCGUCGAUUGUGGUUGGAACCUGACGAAGGACCGGGCGAGCCGCGCGGGGGGGGUCGGUCCUCAGCAGAAUCACCGGCGUGAGAUAGAUCAGAGGCAAAGCGAGAAGACGGGAGUGACGGCCUCCUCGUUCGCGAUUACGGGCUCUGCCCCGGUCUCGAUUCGACCCUCGACCUCUGCGCCUGUCCCUCUCACGGGGAUCGCGGUCUUGAUCGGCGUUCCACUGGUCUCUCAGCGGGAGACUCCUACGGGACCCAGCCAUGAAAGCGUCGCCAACAGCAUCUGGCUGCAGCUAGACAAGGGUUAG